AUGUUUGUUGAACAACUGAUAAAAAAGAAGGAUGAUGCUCACGAUUUCGAUAGCCAUACCAGUGAUUUGGAAGAGAUCUCCCGAAAAGUCUUUAGUGCUCAUUUCGGCGAACUCUCCAUCAUCUUUCUUUGGCUGAGUGGCAUGUAUUUCCACGGUGCUCGUUUUUCCAAUUAUAAAGCAUGGCUAAGCGAUCCUACUCACAUUGGGCCUAGCGCCCAAGUAGUUUGGCCAAUAGUGGGCCAAGAAAUAUUGAAUGGUGAUGUGGGUGGGGGUUUCCGAGGAAUACAAAUAACCUCCAGGUUUUUUCAGAUUUGGAGAGCAUCUGGAAUAACUAGUGAAUUACAAUUGUAUUGUACGACAAUUGGUGCAUUAGUCUUUGCAGCCUUAAUGCUUUUUGCUGGUUGGUUCCCUUAUCACAAAGCUGCUCUAAAAUUGGCUUGGUUCCAAAAUGUAGAAUCUAUGUUAAAUCACCAUUUAGCAGGGCUACUAGGGCUUGGGUCUCUUUCUUGGGCGGGGCAUCAAGUCCAUGUAUCUUUACCAAUUAACCAAUUUCUAAACGCUGGAGUAGAUCCUAAAGAGAUCCCACUUCCUCAUGAAUUUAUCUUGAACCGGGAUCUUUUGGCUCAACUUUAUCCCAGUUUUGCUGAGGGAGCAACCCCAUUUUUCACUUUGAAUUGGUCAAAAUAUUCGGAAUUUCUUACUUUUUGUGGAGGAUUAGACCCAGUAACUGGGAGUCUAUGGCUGACCGAUAUUGCACACCACCAUUUAGUUAUUGCAAUUCUUUUCCUGGUAGCGGGUCACAUGUAUAGCUCAUAA